AUGACUACUGAAUCCCCUUUCGUGAUCCUUGAUGUCCCCAACAAAGGCCAAUCUGUAUUCGCCGUACGAUUCAUUCCCGCCGGCACCUCACUCUUUCAAGAACCACCAAUAAUCACUGUCGAGGAUGCGCAAGCAACCGCAAAGAUAGUCUCGCUAAACCGUGCGUUCUCGCAAUUAUCAGCAGAGCAAAAAACUGCCUACUUGAGCCUAUGCAAUUCUCAGCCCGCUUCUGAUACAGCUCUCACGGAAGUGGAUAUUGCGGUUCUUGGCAUAUGGAAAACGAACACCUUCGUCCUUGAUGACCAGGGCAUGAUAAACGGGAUUUUCCAGAUGUCAAGCCGCCUGAACCAUUCGUGCCUGGGAGGAGAAAAUGCUCACUGGGAGUGGAGUGAGGAGGAAAAACUGAUGAGGUUUUGGACUGAUCGUGAUAUUGAGGUGGGCAAGAAAUUUUUGGCUCGAUAA